UACGCAAACGAUCAAAAUGUUGAGAGAAUGGUUAAGCAAGUCAUUGCUGCAGUUCGGCAAAAUGCACAGUUGACUUCCGGUCUGUCAGCGUGCUGAGCAUCGAGCGAGUGCACAAAUCGAGCUUUCGAGCAUACAGUACAGUACGUCUCGUAAGUUGGGUUGUUUGAGUGAUGAUCUUAUCUCAGUUAUCGGUAACAACUUUUGAAGUGUAACAACUUAUCUUGUGCAACCUUGUGCUGUUCACUGGGCGAAAUUCGAAAAAUUCUAUGCUUACUGCAUAGUAACGUGCAAGAGCGUCUUGAAGUUUCCUUGCGACAUGCAGCGCUCUUCGAAAUUUGGGAUGUAACACUCGUUCCGUGGAGAAUUUCUGCAUCAUGAGCGAAGGGUACGUUUGGAUGGCUCGGCCUCGCAACUAUCUGCGGGAACGCCGGGAUUUCGCACUAGACCGCCAUUCAACGGCAAAACACCCACUGAUCAUCGCUCCGAAACCUGUAGCCUCGUCAGAAACCUCGGUGGGAGUCCCCAAUGGCCCGCUUCUCCGUUCCACCUCCUCGGCGCCGAAAACGACCAGCAGUACGUCCAGCAGCCCUCGCGUUUCGGUGCCAGCGGGUUUCAUUGAUCCUUUAUCACAGAUGGCUCUGGGGGAUGAUUUGGGGGCAUUCCGUGGAGAAAGCAACAAGAAGGCAGAGGAUAGGGAGAGACUCUUGGGGCCAUGGGCCGCAAAAAAGGAAAACAUUCUCAGCAAGUUUGCUACGACGGAGAAACUAACACUGACAUCCAGUUACCUUUCCGACAAUGAUCGUGUAGUGACAGUUACGAAAUCGAGCGCAGUGGCUGACAAAAUUCAGAGUCGGUUGGAGCAGUUGGAUAAUUUCGAAGCCGGAUCCAUGAAGGAAAUGAUGAAUUUAUCCCAGCAGGAGUACAUUAGCAAAAUCGAUCAGCUGCACAAUAAAUUGCAGCAGGCCUGGCGCGAAGAUCAGCGUGUGACGGCCUUGAAGAUAUCCAUUCAGCUGGCGAAAUUAUUGUCCGACACGUAUCCGCUACAGUUUUAUCCCAGUAAAUUUGUCCUGCUGACGGAUGUGCUGGAAACAUUUGGACAGCUAAUUUAUGAUCGAAUUCUGGAUAAAUCGGGUACGGUGUUCGGCGACUCCUCCCCGGAUCGGACACCGGAAGCAGCCAAGGAAACCUGCAGGAAUUGGUUUUUCAAGGUUGCCAGCAUUCGCGAGCUACUACCUAGAUUAUAUGUGGAGAUUUCUAUUAUGCGAUGUAGCUCAUUUCUGGAGGAUAAAACGACAUAUUUGGAAAUUAUACCUAGGUUUGCGAAAAUGAUCCGCGGGAUCGGUGAUCACCUCGUCGCUUCGUAUAUGCGCUGCUACCUAGCGCGAAUGAUUUUGCAGGUGGCGCCGGAAAGUGUGCCACAUUUUUUUAUCCUUAUUGAGGAUUUUGUGAUAACGACUCAGCAGUUGCACAGAGAGAAGAUGCUGGAAUCCCGGUUGUCGGAACAAAAACUGAACAUGUCAUCCUACCUGUUGCUUCACCAGCCAGCGCUGGAAUGGAUAACAGAAUGCUAUGCUAAGCAAACCGGAGCCAGAGGAAUGGAGCAGUUACUUGCCUUGGCUGAAGGCAGCCGUUAUUCAGGAUUAUUGUUGAACUGCGUUAUGACCAGUUUUAAAGCCGAUCUCGUUGCUAAAAAACCCAUGUUCAUCUGUGCCUUAAUUCGUAAUUCCAGUGAUGAAGUCUUCCCUACACAUAUCCUCUGCCGCACAUUAGGUUUGUGCUUACUGGGAGCGGACACGGAUCCCAAAGAGCGGAAAAAGAUUAUGAAUGAAAUCUGGUCCAUGAUUGUUGAACAAAAGGAUUCCCAAAGCUACAUUUCGGCUGCCGAAAUUUGGGUGGAGUUUGCCGCCAAGUUCUUCACUGUCAAAGAAGUUAAUCGCAUUUUAAGUGACAUCAUAUCGCGCCUACUUCCCGAUCGUGCGUACGAAAGCUGUGCCAAUACUCUGCUACAAAUUACCGAGAAAAUUGUUCGCCAUACUAGAAGUUUCACUCUGUUACUGAGCAUGGAUAAAUUUAUGCCCUUUCUGGAUUUACUGCAAAAGGAAGACAUCCGGAUGAGUGCUGCUAAAUUGCUGCUUGAUUCCUAUUUAAAAUUUGAGCGAGACAGCACAUCGGAUCCUGUGGUGUUGAACGGUGCCAUGUUUGCAUGCAAAGUGAUACACGAUGGGAUUUCGUCGCUUUCUUCGGAUGACGAAAAGCGGGCAGCGGCAGCUUUGAUAUGUGGUUUUAUUCGGCGAGUGGAUUUCGGGAAAGAUUUUGAGCGACAGUUAUCGUUUUAUGGAGAAUGCCGCGAAGCCUUCCACAAUCUGGACGACGUGGCGGAGUUCCUUGUACACUGCGUGAACCAUCUGGCCAUGUCCACCCGGGCAAUCCAGAAAGGCCAGCACAAUCGGCGGACCGCAGCCUUUGUACGAGCCUGUGUAGCGUUUUCGUUUAUUACCGUUCCUUCCUUGUACCACAUUCCCAGCCAACUUCAUUUGUACCUUGAGUGUGCCCAAGUAGCCUUGGCGAAUCAGUGUGUCGGCCAAGUAGAGGCCUUGAUCAAGGCAGCCAUCCAGCUGUUUAAUAGUUCCAAGGACGAACUGGAAUCCUUCGCCACGAAAAUGCAUCCGGUGCAUCGCAUUGUCAUUGAAUUUGCCAGCGACUUGUUGGGGUUACUGUUAAUUGUCCCGGAUCCGCCUGAACAAGGCAUGUUGUACCUGGUGAGAGGGUUGAUGAACAGUAUUCAGGGAUUCGAUCUCGAAGUGAGGAUGGCAUUACAGCUACAACUGUUGGUGUAUUGUUCCGCUGCGGAACAGGAAGAUUACAUCUACCAUGUGGACGGUGUGGACUCCAAUGAUCGCCUGUACGGCGGGGAUCCGGAUUUCGUCACGGAGAUCCAGGAGAUGGGUGGUGUCUGUCUGUCCCACCUGAUCAGCAUUGUUAAUGAGCUGAAGUGUGCCAAGCAGGCGGGGCAGGCGGCGAAGUUGGCGCUGGAUGUGAUCGAUGUCCUAAUGAGCCAUGGGGAUGUGGGGCGUGUGAAGGGAGCUCUGAAAGUGAUGAUCGGUGUGGUGAAGAGCGCCGGACAGCAAUUGCCAGCUUCAGACGGGAAAAGGUGGCAGAGUUUGCGUAGUGUAAUACGGAGUAGGCCCUGGGCAAGUGAUAUUGGUGAUUUGCUCUAAAAGAGAUUGUGCAAAGAGGUUGCUCUAAAAGAGGUUUUCCUUUGUGCAGAGUAAUUUUUUCUGAAUGUUGGGGUAGGGUUAUGGAUGUUGGUUUGCGUUGUGCUUUCUUUCUAGUCACUGUUCCAUUGAUUCAUUUUGUAAUUUGGUUUUACAUUGCCGUUUAAUUUAAAGCGUUGGUAAAUUUCUCUGCGGUGGUGUUGAACUUUUAACCAUCGAAAAACAUAAAAACCAGGGUAAACCAUACCCUAAUCAGUGAUUAUGUGUGUGGACGGUAUUAAAGAGUA